GGGACGAAGAUAAAAGCCGGCGGCGGCCGUCCUCUUCCUCCGUCUCCCAAUCUGCUGCUCUGCUCUGCUACUCGACCAGCCGGGGCGGCGAGAUGACGGUGGAGAAGGUGGACGCGACGCUGGCCGACUUCGGCGCCCACUUCGAGCGCCUCUUCGCGUCCCCCGACGGCAAGGUGAAGCUGCUGCUCUUCCUGGCGGACCGCGAGCCCGGCUCCUCCCUCACCUGGUGCCCCGAUUGCAACGUGGCGGAGCCGGUGAUCUACGAGCGGCUGGAGGCCCUGCGGGGCCGGGACGCGGUGCUCCUGCGCGCCUACGUGGGUGACAAGCCCACGUGGCGCGACCCGGCGCACCCGUGGAGGGUGGACCCCAGGUUCGCGCUCACGGGCGUCCCGACGCUGAUCCGCUGGGAGGGCGGCGCCGCCGCCGCCCGCCUCGGGGACGAAGAGGCGCACCUCAAGGACAAGGUCGACGCCCUCCUCGGGGCCGGCGGCAACUGACGGAUCAGGCUUCCCGUUUGGGAUCCAUCUGCCCAAUCGAGCUGGGAUCCGGCUAUAGUUCAGUUCAUGUAUGAGGGAGGAACCUGUUCGUUUCAAAAAAAAAACAGAGGCUGGGAAAUAAUAAUCAAGAUAUAAUAAUAAUUACGAGUGACUUUCCGAUUGA